AUGCAUAAUAUUUCAAGGGAUUCCAUUGAGACGGAAAAGGCCAUCAUUACUUUGAAAAGUAGGAAGAAAGUCCCCCGACCCAAGAUAUCUAUUGAGAGGCAAAUAGUUACCCUGACAUUGGAAGUAGUAGUUGAGGUAGAUGAGGCCCAAGAGAAAUUAGAGGAAGUAAGCCCAGAAUUGAAGAAGUCAGUCGAUGUGGAGGCCGAGACUAGUAAGGAGUGCCAACCUAUGGUUCUUUCGUAUGCAAAAUUUUUUAGGGACUUGUGCACAGUGAAGAGGAAAUUGAAUAAACUCAAAGAUCUUGGUUCCCCCACCAUCUCCAUUAUGAUUAAUGAAUCUCACAUUGGGAGAGCUCUACUCGAUUUGGGGAGUAGUGUGAACUUGCUACCAUUCUCGAUAUAUGAGCUGUUGGGGUUAGGUGAGCAGAAGAAAACCUCCAUUGUGCUACAGUUGGCUAACAGAUCAGUGAAGAUAAAUGUGUUCAAUGCUUGCAAGAUGCCUAGUGGUUGUGAUGACUCUGAGGUACGUACAGUUGAUGUGGUAGAUCAUUUUGAUAUUUCAGAGUAUUAUCAAAUUACCAUAGCACUAGAGGAUCAAGAGAAGACCAACUUGACCUUCCUUUUUGGUACUUACGCCUUUCGUUGGAUGCCCUUCGGAUUAUGCAAUGCACCUGCUACUUUCCAGCACUGCAUGAUGAGAAUUUUCUUUGACAUUUGUGAAGAAAAGAACUUGUUGUUGAAUUGGAAGAAGUGUCAGUUUAUGGUAAGUAGUGGUUUGGUACUUGGCCAUUUAGUUUCUAAGCAUGAUAUAGAGGUCGACAGAGCCAAGGUAGAGUUGAUUUCCCAGUUACCUAUCCCUAGGACAGUGACGGAUAUCCAUUCCUUCCUUGGCCAGGCCGGCUUUGAUAGGCGUUUCAUUCAGAAUUUCAGUAGUAUUGCUAAACCACUAUGCUCUUUAUUGCAAAAUGAGACUGAAUUUUUAUGGACUAAUGCAUGCCAACAAACUUUUGAGAUACUGACGAAAUAUUUGACCAUGGCACCCAUUAUGCAACCCCCUCGGUGGGACUUGUUUGAGAUUAUGACCAAUGCUUGUGAUUUCGCUCUCAGGGCCAUUUUUGGUCAAAGAGUUGAUAACAAGUCUUCUGUCAUCUAUUAUGCAAAUCGUACCUUGAAUGAUUCUCAGAAUAAUUAUACCACCACUGAGAAGGAGUUGUUGGCAGUUGUGUUUACCUUGGAAAAAUUUUGCUCAUAUGUCAUUGGAUCUCCUAAGUUUGACAUCACCAUUCAAGAUAAAAAGAGAGUAGAAAAUGUUGUAGCUGACCAUCUUUCUCAUUUGCAGCUACCUGAUAUCUUUGUAUCCCUUUCUCCUUUAAAUGAUGAUUUUCUUGAUGAACAUCUUUUUGCAGUGUCGUGCGCCCCUUGGUUUCUUGAUAUUGUGAACUACCUUGUCAUCGAUCGAAUGCCGGACCAUUUGAUAACUCAGAACAAGCGUAAGUUCAUUGUAGAGCAAAUGCUUCUCUAUGACUCCAAAUUGCAUCUGUUUCUUGGGAAACUGAAGUCUCGAUGGGGUGGCCCAUACAUCGUUGAAAAAAUUCAUUCUCAUGGUGCAGUAGAAAUUGUAGAUCCAAAGAAUGGCAAAAGCUUCACAGUCAAUGGCCAGCAUUUCAAGCCUUUCAUGACUCCAUUUGAUCCACAUGAGGAGGUCUUGCUUGUAUAA